GGUUUUGUUAAAUGAUCUUUCUGGGGAGGACACUGCUAAUAUGCCUCCUUAUGGUACUCCAGACGCUUACCACUGCAAACCCAUGGCAUCUACAACUACCAGUUCCAUCAAAUAUCCAAGACAAGCAAAUCUUCCGACAAGCCAUGUCUUCAAACCUUACUUCAAACAUUAACACCAUUUUCGCGAGUUUUGAGGGUUUUGGCAACGCUACAAAAUGUACUGCCAAACUGUCUCAACUCACAUCUGGUCUGGCUUCAUUCAACCCGGAGAGUAUAGCGUUUAUAGACGCUCUGGGUAAACCAGGUCCAGGUGUAACUACAGGGAACUUCCUGUUGCUGGGGAACUACGAGAUGUGCGGGACAGGAGCACUGGAGAAUAAGGCUACCGGGUACAAGUAUGAGAAUUGUGUUGUCUCCGCAGCUUUCACUUUAGGAGGCUACCCCCUUGCUCUUACCUGGACAGGCUGCAGUCCUCCCGAGUGUAAGAGUAAUAAUGAUUUGCAGAACGUAUUCAAACAGAUCGCUGAUUUGAUAAAUAAAUCAGGAAUAAUCCACACUGAUCCAUCAACAUGGACUAUUAUGUGUGAUGUGAAACAAGAGUUCGAUGUCGGGGCCUAUGCAGCAGUUACAAUAGUCUCCCUCUUCGUAAUCUUAGUAGUGGUAGGCACACUGUGGCACCUCCUGGAACCAAUAAUUAUUAGCAUAUUGGAACAAGGCAAGGACGAUACGACAAUUCUAAUUGACGCAGAGGAAAACCCGCAUGAAGAUGUUGACAAGCAGGUUCCGUCCACCGAGGUAAGGGAGAAGUAUAAGACCUCAAACCAGCCGGAGUGGUUGCCAGGGAGGCUAGCUAAGUGUUUCGCUCUGCAGAGGACAAUGGAGACUCUCUUCACCACCACUACUAAACCGGGCCAGGUACUCUGUCUGAACGGAAUCAGGGUUCUCAGCAUCAACUGGGUGGUUCUUGGUCAUGCGUACGCCUUCUCAUUCUCAUUCGUUGGUGGUUAUUCGUACGUAACAGAGCUCAUCAAGCGAAGGAAUUUCAUGUUGGUAUACAAUGGUCUUCCAUCUGUCGAUUCUUUCUUUGCCUUGAGUGGGUUCCUGGUGACAUAUCUCCUGUUAAAGCAGCUUGCCAAAAGAGGUGGUCUCACUCCUUUACAAUGGAUUGCAUUCUAUGUACACAGGUAUGUGAGACUAACAAUGCCGUAUUUGGUAGCCAUGCUGAUCGAGGGAUGGCUUUAUAGACUCGUCAUGACUGGACCACGUGCACAGCAAAUGACUACAACUGAUAUGGGCAGUCAUAAGAUGUGUGAACAAUACUGGUACACUAACCUCCUUUACAUCAACAACUUCGUCCCCUGGAAGGCUACAGGGGCUUGUCUUGGACAGGGUUGGUAUCUGGCUAACGAUAUGCAGUUCUUCCUGAUAGCUCCUCUCUUUAUAGUGCUCCUGUUCGGGACACCAUUACUUGGAGUGCUAGCCACUGGUGGUACUAUGAUCUGUAGUGCUGUAUCCGCUGCUGUCAUCACAGCGCAUUACCAUUUAGGACCUGCUUCAACUGCAGAUACUAACCAGGAUGAAAUGUGGCUGCUGUACACUAAACCCUGGAUCAGGAUAACACCGUAUCUAGUGGGGAUAUUAGGGGGCUGGUUUUAUUGGAAAUGGGGAAAGCAGAUCACAGAGGGAGUGAAGACCUUGCCAGAGUGGCUGAAAGUGAUGUGUGCUACACCAAUAUGGGCAGUAACCGCUGCUGUAGAGUACGCUGUGGUGUUCGGGUUGUACGAUGAUGUCCAGAACCUGCAAAAAGGGAAUCCUGGUGAAGUGGAAAGUGUGUUUUACCAGAGUUUAGCAAGGAUUGCAUGGUCUCUGUCACUAACCAUACAGAUUCUUCUCUGUCAGUGUGGUUUGGGAGGGUUCAUAAACUCCCUCCUCAGCUGGAAUGGUUGGCAGAUCCUCUCUAGACUCACCUACUCCGUCUUCCUCCUCCAUAUAGGUCUGAUAACAGUGCUAUUUGGUCAGAUGAGACACACUCUCUUUCUCAAUCCCGACUUUGAGUUUGCCGUGUUUUAUCUGGGAACUCUGGCUAUGUCAUAUCUCUCUGCUGCUGUGUUGUACCUGACUGUGGAACAACCUGUCGCUAAUCUAGAGGGUAUCUCCUACAGGAAGAGCACUAAAUAAAGCUUUAAGUUUGUGCAGGGGUACUGAUCCCUGUGUACUGGGUCUUGAACAAGCGAUCUUCCAAUGAAAACUAAAAGCUCAUUCAAGCACCCACUUCAACACAAAGCCCUGUCAGUGUCAGAUUGUUGUUUAAUGAACCCUUAGUGUGGAAGGAACUUGACCUUUAAAAGAAAGCGAUUUUUAUGUGUGUUAUUUUGAAGAGUUAAAUCUAUGCCGUUCUUGACAUUAAUUGUUUGUGGAAGGAUCAAGUUGUGAGAUUUUAGAUUUACUUAUUGAAUGACUGUUUGAUCGUUUUUAUACCUAUUAUUUUCUAUUAUUGCACAAUGUUCGAGUAUUGU